GCCAUGUCCUAUUUCAUGUCUCCACAAACUCAUCACGGUCUUCUGCCUUCCAGCCAAGGUGGGGCUGUUUCUCCAGGCUCAUCCCUUGGCCUCUAUAGUCCGAUAGAGCCAAUGCUGGUGGCCUCUAGCGGACUAGGCCCGCUGGGCCAGAAAGCUGAGCAGGUGGCACCUGUUGCCCAGGCCUGGGGUCUGGCCCUGGCAGUGCCGGAAGCCAGGGGCUGCCCUGGGGGGGCUAGCUGGGAGACACUGCAGCGGAAGGAGUAUGGCCGAUACAACCACAAAUUCCCCCAGGCAACACAGCCUGAGAGCUUGGGCUGGGAGGAUGGAUGCUCCAGAAGCAGAGCUCCCCACAUGGGUGGCCCCGGCAGGCCCGGGCCCCUGCUGCUGUGUGGGCUGUCACCAGGGGUUCUACCGACGUCCACUGAGGCAGCGGGGAAGGAGGCCGGCUCCCAGCCUGACAUCUGCAUCCUCACCCUGGCCAUGAUGAUCGCUGGCAUCCCCACCGUGCCUGUCCCAGGCCUGCGGGAAGAGGACCUGAUCCGGGCGGCUCAAGCUUUCAUGAUGGUGCAUCCGGAGCCAGAGGGGGCCAUGGAGGGGGCGCGGUGGGAGCAGGCACUUGCCCACACAGCCUCUGGGCAAGCGCCCCUAAUGAGAUCCAGGAGAGGCCAGCCUCCUGGCUCCUGCUUGUAGCUGGAUAAAAUAGUACCAGACACAUA